GUGUUGCGCUGAAAUCGCGGCAAAUAUCUUCGCAAGUACCAAAUUCAAGACACACGGCAUCAAACAUGGCCAACUUUCGAGGUUCACAUUAAGUAUAUUUUACUCGUCUUUGCUCUGAAUACUCCAAUAAAAACCAUAAGUUUCGCGGUUUGUGAUCUCCAUGAUGAAUUAAUUUCCCGCAACUAUGGGAAUUUUCGUAUUUACAAUUUUCUCAAAUCAUUCAUUGAACAUGGCGGGUAUAUCUUGUCAGGUCGAGCGGUCUUUAACUCCAUUCUUUUUUUAGAACGGCAAUACACACGUAAAUGCAAAUUUGAAAAUGCUAUACGACAGAGCGCUACCAGUCGUUUCGUAUCCGCGGACGAUUUAUACCCACAUGUCAGUUUCGUAGUUAAUAAGGUCGUUACCAAAACCUAUAUUGGUGUCAACAAUGAGGUCCUAUCGCUCAGGAGUUCUGCUUUUUCUCGCUUUUGCGAUGAUAGUCUUUUUAUGGCAGUUCCAAAGAAAAAAUUCUGCACAGAGAGUUACUCUUGAGCCUCCCACGUAUGUUAGGAUGAGCCGAGAGAGUACUUUGAUUCCCGAAAAGAAGACCUCUAUCGAAACAGAACCGUUGUUAAUUAUUUUCUGGACAACUGUUUUCGGUAUUGCGCCACACUAUGAGCUUGUAUAUUAUAAUGGGAGUGACUGCCCUGUGGCCUGCCAGGUCACCUCUGACCGUUCUCGAGCCAGAGAGGCAGAUGGGUUCGUGGUGCAUGGCUGGGAUGCAGACAUGAUACCCCCGAAUGGAUCUGUACCAUGGAUAUUUUUUACACAAGAAAACCCGGUGUAUGUUCCCAAAAUGAAAGACGCCAAGUUUAUGUCCAAAUUUAACUUGUUAAUGAGUUACCGUUUAGACUACGAUAUACCCGUCCCAGUUGUUCCCAUGCCUCAGUUGACACCACCACUUCCAUUUAAGGAAAAAACUAAACUUAUUAUGGCAGCAUUUUCAAAUUGCGAGGCUGUGCGGACGGAGUACAUGAGACAAUUGAUGAAUUUUGUGCAGGUCGAUUCUUAUGGAGCCUGUCUAAGGAACAAAAAUGAUCUAGUUAGCCGAGGUGGAUCUAAGAACGGAAAAAACUUCAAAGAAUUGAAGAGUGAAUUAGCCAGACAAUACAAAUUUUUACUGGUAUUUUUUAACGAGGACUGUGAUUAUUUUGUCGAUGAUCAACUAAUCCAUGCCCUGAAUGCAGGCGCAGUUCCCGUGGUAAUGAGUACAGAUAAACUGGACGAGUUCCUGCCCGGCAAUCUUAAACUAUCCGUCAUUAAAGUCCGUGACUUUAAGACUCCAAAAGAUCUUUCAGAUUAUCUUAAGUUCCUUAGCACAAAUGAGACAGAGUAUAACAAGUAUUUGACAUGGAAGUCGGAAGGAAUAGGAAAUUUCACUGGAACCGCUAUUGGAAAUGUUUGGAAACCAAAGUAUCCUAUUUAUUGCCAGCUCUGUAUGGCGCUUUCAGAAGGACGAAUACACGAGGAAGGACUGGCGCCAAUACCGUGUCUGUCAUGUACAACUCAACUGUUGCAAGUCCUCCACGAACUUGGUCAGACUCUUGAUAGUGGCCUCGAAACUGAUGUCAUUUAUCUAGAUUUUUCUAAAGCUUUUGACUCUGUGUGUCAUGCGAAACUUUUGUCAAAGCUUCGCAAGUUUGGAAUUGACGGUUUACUGCCGGACUGGUUUUCGAGUUAUCUCAUUGGGCGACAACAGCGUGUUGUCGUAAAUGUUAGUUUUUCAACCUGGAGUAUAGUUAAGUCAGGUGUUCCACAGGGAUCAAUUUUAGGCCCCGUACUGUUUUUGAUGUUUGAAAAUGACAUGCCGAAUGUUCUAAAGUCCUCGUCUCUAGCUAUGUAUGCUGAUUACUCGAAAUGCUUCAAAACCAUCAAAGCUGCAUCUGAUAUCUGUGACUUCCAAGAUGAUUUAAACCUCCUCUGCAACUGGUCAUCCUUAAACGAACUGUACUUCCAGCCUAUAAAGUGUCACAAUCUGAAAAUAAGCCGAAAGAAAACUAGCUUACAACGUAUAUAUAACCUAAACAAUACCGCGAUAAAUCUUGUCACCAAAGAAAGGGACCUUGGGCUUACAGUCACUAAGGACCUCACAUGGAACCAACAUAUAAUUCAGACUGUCUCUAAAGCUAACAAACUUUUGGGAUUUAUUAAGAGAAAUUGUCAUACAAUUCAAAAUGAAAAAACUUUAACUUUAUUAUACUCUUCUCUGAUAAGAUCGCAUUUUAGUUUCGCUUCACAGGUUUGGGCCCCACAGUCAUAA